CAUUAUUGUGGAAAAGACCGAUUUUCGGAAGGCAGCUAUAAUAAACUCGAAAAAUACUCUGAAAAUUUGAAAAAUCACUUCUUUAGAUAGAUUAACUUUCAUUUUAUAUUAAAGAGAUUCUUCCUAAACGAGACAAAUUGAAGAUAAUGGCAAGCAUUUCUCGAGUUGUGCCUGGAGAGGCUAGCGAAUCGGAUUCUGACGACGAACUGAGAAGAGCAGCCGAACUUGUUGCGGGGCGCAGUCAGACGUCCAUCGGGGAGGAGCUGCGGCAGGCAGGUGUCGUGGUUCAGGGUGAGGCUUCGGAAACGGACAGCGAAGAAGAUGAAGAAAUGCAUCGAGCACGAGCAGAGCAACAGCAAUUUCCAUCACAGGCAAACAUUCCUCCUUUGAAAGUCAACCGAGCAUCUCGUUCGCCAUCCAUCGGCAGCCAGUCUUCCAUCAAAUCAGGAUCCUCGGCCUCGCAGAUCAAGGUGUCACCCCUGGAUCCACCCCGCUACGACACCCUCCUACAUCGGAAGCUCCGGGAGCGUAACAUCAGCCUUCAGAUCAACCUGCAGGACGCUGUGGCUCAAGCCAUCCAGGCCAAGCACAAGGAGUUCAGUAACACCAACCAAAUGCUCACCAAAUCACAGAUGGUCAUACAGGAUGUGUGCUACAGUAUGAGGCACUUCUCUGACGACAUCAAGCGCACCAAUGACAAGCUAGAUAUCAUCAGUACCAGCGGGUAUUUACCAGAAUUUAACUUUCCUUCGAAUGGAUCAUGAUGGGGAACAUUCCCUGAACUCUCCUAUUUUGACGAAUGGGAUACAUUUACCGUAAAAUCUGUGUGUAGACACCACCAAAUGAGAACAAGAAAAAAGCUGUCUUUUUGAGGAGGUGGUCUUUGCGAGCGAGUUCCUGUAUCACAUGUGUCAAUGGAGAAGUAUACAAAGAAAAUUAAACAUUAAACACAUUUCUGAAGCUGAUUUGACUGUAUCAGUCAAUCACCACGACGAUUAUUCUUGCAUGUUUACAUGUAUAUGAUCAGGAUGGAAUAUGAAAUGUGUCGAUCACCCAACAGAUGAGGGAGUAAAUGUCAUUUUUAGGGAGCUGCCUUAAUGUGAAUGUACAUGUACCAUUCCAUCUUUUGAGGACGUGUCGAUCACCAUCUAAUUUUUUAUUGCCUUGGGUUUUAUCCAAGCUGGAUUGCUAGUUACUUUACAGGAUUAGCAGUGUUAUACUAAGGAGUAAAAGGCAUGUGACCUGGAUGGAGUGUCCUUUGUUGAUCUGUCUUGCUGUUGAAAUACCAUCAGUAUUAUUGAUUUGCUUACCAAGCGACCUACAAUCUGACUAUGACAAUGAAGCCUCUAUUUCAUGAGAUCUUGAAUCAUACUGAAAAGACUUCAAAAGUCUUUAAGUUACAGAAUUCUUUAGAAAAUUUUGAGCUUUCAUGAUAACAGAUUUCAUUGGCCUGUACUCUGAAGUCUGGCUUAAUUGAGGCCAUGUAGUCUUACUCGGUGCUAAAAUUAUGGGAAGCCAAAAUUCAAAAUUUUGUUAACAUUGUGUGUUUCUUAUGUUUACUGCACACUUUGAUUUAAUUUGUUCCAGUGCCGUUCAAAGAAAACUGAUUCAGAUAGACAAUUGUAAAUGACCUGUGUGUGAGAUGAGCUGAUAAAUCAAAUGUGAAUUGUUAAAGAUUGGCGUCUCAAUAGGCUAUCCAUAGUUAAACCACAACUUUAAACCUGGACACUCCAUCCAGGCCCGUAUUCUGAAGUCGGGUUUAAC